AUGAGGUUAAAGAAAAGCAAAGAAGAAGAAUCAGUGGAGAAUUUUGCGAUGGCAAAUUGUGUGGAUAUAGCAAAGAGGAACGAGUUAUUAGGACGACGUAAACUUUAUUAUGAGUGCAAAAAAUGUAAGAAACGAUUUGAAUCAUUUCAAGCACUUGGUGGACAUGCAACAAGUCACAAGAAUAAGCUCAACAUGAUGAUGAGAACUAAUGGUGAAUCAUUACAUGUUAAUAAGAAAAAACAUGAAUGUUCUAUUUGUGGUAAAGAGUUUGCUAUUGGACAAGCGUUAGGAGGACACAUGAGAAAACAUCGCGAUGAAUUGAAUCAAAUCGAGCUGAAUAAGAAGAUUAAAUUGGAAGAGAAUUUGAUCAAGAGUGGUGAACUUGUAGAUAGUACUAAAAGAAGUUUGAAUUUGGAUUUGAAUUUGAGUAUAUGGGAAUGA